CAUUUUCUGUAGUAGUUGUAAAAUUUUCCACACUAAUUCUAAAAUUUUCUAGCUUCAGUAUUUUGCCAUUCCUUAAAUGAAUUGUCAAUGCAGUGGCCAUUUUUUGUUUAAUUUCCCUCCAGGGCUGUAGGUGGCAGUGAUGUCUAUUUUAUCUGGCUCCCUUAAAGUAGAGCAGCGUUCCACUUCCUGUUUAUCAUUCACAGCUAGCUUAGGUGGAGGCAGAAAGUACUAGCUCUGCAAUCAAUGAAAUAUUCCAGAAAACCCUCUUUAGGAUUCACGAGGAAGUGAAGGCUAGCAGAAACUUUCAGUGCAAAUAAUUUUUUCCUUUUAAAAAUGGAGCUAAAGCAACCAUAGAUCAUGGAAGACAAACCUGCCAGGAUGCCGGAUCAUUCCAAACAAAUAUUUUAGCCUCUGCUCUUCUCCCCAGUUUCUUCUCCCUAAUGUUCCCAGAGGGUCAUCAGACGCAUGUCACGGCUCAGGUCCACAAUCGACAGCGUCACCAAGGCAGUGGGAGGCACGGACCUCAUCUCCAGAUUCUCCCGCUUCAAACCUGGUGGUGCCGCAGCCAACGGUGCCCUCCCUGAGAAAACGCCACUCAAAGCUGAGCGCGUCAGUGCUAAUGACACCUCUUCUGGAGGAAUGAAGGAGAAGGCAGGUGGGACAAAUGGAGCAGUGGAGGAGGCAGAUGAGCAGAGGGAGCAAGUUGCAGAGAAGCCUUUCGUUGCCCAAAAAAUUUCUGUUAAAGUCUUUAUGUCUACUUGGCUUACAGAUACCUUUUAAGUAGCCGCUCUGAGCUCCACCUCAACUGUGGCAAAGCAAACCAGGCAGCUGUUUCACCCAGCAGCUCUGUCCACAAAUAUGGACGAGACGUACAAGACUCUAUCCAACCACAUCAACAGUUACUUUGGUCCAAACACACAGGGAGAAGAUGGAGAGAACAGAAAGCAUCUUUCGGAGCCCGUUCCGCAUGUCACCACCCUGAGAACAACGGAACCCAUUCCUGUUUUGUCUCCAGUCUCUGAGACCAAGAGUGUCGAAGCGCCCGCUACCUCUCUACCCUCAGAAAAACCCAGUCGGGCUGAAGAGACCACCGCCGCUGCUACCCACGCUGGUGAGAGCACAGCUGUGUCCUCAUAAUAAAUCCCCAAAAAAGGCUUUGUCCCCACUACCUGUCGUAGUCGGCCCAGUCUCUCCUUUAAUAUAUUACCUCUGGGCGAUCCGAGCGUUUCACGCUUGACAGAAAACUGCAAACAUCGAGACCAAUAUGAACGCACAGAGGACAAAGCAGUGGAGAAGACCGAGGGUGAAGAGGAAAAAGCUGAAAAGGCAAAGCGGCAGCAGCUGCUAAGUCAAAGGGAAAAGAUAAUAGCCAGAGUGAGCGUGGACAACAGGACCAGAGCCCUGGUCAAGGGUCUGCAGAGGGUCUCCGACGUGGAGCUCCUCUCCACUCGAGUGGAGGAGCUCAGCUUUCACCUCCUGGAGUUUCCCGAGACUCGGGGCGUGGCAGUCAAGGAGAACCUGUUGCCGUGCUUGCUGCGACUGCGCCAGGCCAGGGACCUUUCCCUUCAGGCGGCUGUUAGGGAAGCUCUGGCGCUGGUUGGCUACACAGACCCGGUCAAAGGCAGAGGAAUUAGGGUGCUGACCAUAGAUGGAGGAGGCACAAGAGGACUGCUGGCCCUCCAGACUCUUCAUAAGCUGCAAGACCUGACUGGAAAACGCAUCCAUCAGCUGUUCGACUACAUCUGCGGAGUCAGCACUGGUGCCAUUUUGGCUUUCAUGCUGGGGAUUUUCCAGAUCCCCUUAGAAGAGUGCGAGGAUAUGUACAGAAAGCUGGGCUCAGACAUCUUCAAACAGAACGUCAUCGUUGGAACAGUGAAGAUGGGCUGGAGCCACGCGUUCUAUGACAGCGAGAUGUGGGAAACCAUCCUCAAGGAACGUAUGGGUGAGGGCCGCAUGAUUGAGAGUGCAAGGGACCCACACUGCCCCAAAGUGGCAGCGGUGAGCACCAUUGUCAACAGAGGUUUGCCUCUGAAGGCCUACGUAUUCAGGAACUACAGGCUCAUGCCCGGAGUGAGGUCCCACUACCUUGGAGACUGCAAACACAAGAUGUGGCAAGCCAUCCGGGCCUCGUCUGCCGCCCCCGGAUACUUCCAGGAAUUUGUUCUGGGAAAAGACCUCCAUCAGGACGGAGGACUCCUCAUCAACAACCCCACGGCUCUGGCCAUUCACGAGUGUAAGUGCCUGUGGCCGAACGCACCCCUGGAGUGCGUGUUGUCUCUGGGGACGGGACGGUACGAGACCGUGGGCACGAACAGCACCAACUACACGAGCUUGAAGACCAAGCUGACUCACGUCAUCAGCAGUGCCACAGAUACGGAAGAGGUGCACACCAUGCUGGACGCCCUGCUGCCACCGGACACCUACUUCCGCUUCAACCCCCACAUGAGCGAGGACGUGCCGCUGAACGAGAGCCGCCAGGACAAGCUGAACCUCCUCAAAGGCGAAGGGGAUCGCUACCUCGAGCGCAACGAGGCCAAGCUGAGGAAGGCGGCCAGCGUGUUGGGCCAGGAGAAGGGCGCCAUCCAGAAGCUGGCCGAGUGGGCCAAGCUGAAGGCCAACAUGUACGAGGGAAUCCCCUUUGUGUCCAAACUGUAAGUUUUUAAGGUAAUGAAGGGCAGGGGGGUGGGGGGAAAAUGCAUUUCUGGCACAUUGUUAUUUGGAAUUUGAUUCAUUCCUAAACGUUUACAUGGGCUAAUGAUGAUAUUAACCCAGGGAUAAAAACUGUAUUGAUUACAUUAUUAAGAUGAAAGAAGUGGAGUUAAAUAAUGUGUUAUACAAUUUUAUUUAUUUUUUUUUUCAAAGGACUAUGUGUGAUAGACACAAUAUUAUGGCUGAUGUAAGAUUUUAAAAAUUAUGCAUUUCCCCAAAAAAAUAAAAUAAAACCAUGUACAAGUAUGAGUUGACUUGAUCUUGAACGUUGAAAAUGUAAAUAACAUACAUGUGUGAGACUCAUGUUCAUGGCCUGAUUAUGUGGAUGUGUGACGUGUUAAUUUGAACAUGUGAAACAAAUGCCUGAAAAUAGAGCUGCACCGAUCAGUCAGAACUUUUUUUCUUGUGUGUAUUAAAUGGAGGAAAACGACAAAGUCCCGCUAUUUACAUUCUAAAGAUCCAUUGACCUACUGCUUGCGCUUAAUUAAUAUUUAAAAAUUCAAGGAAAUGGUGAAAUUUUCUAUACAAUUCAAAACUUCUACCUCGGUCGCAGGAACUGCAGAACGUUUAUCUUUCAUGUGAAGGUCAGUUAGGGAAAUAGAGAAAGUUAGAGUUAAAGUCAGUUAAAGUCAGUUAGAGAAAGUCAGACCGCAAAGAAAACUGAAAAUUGGUAUCAGCAAUGAACUGUCUGAUAGGUGCAUCUCUACCCGUAAGUGAUGUUUGCUUGUGUCCAUGGUAACUUGAAUAGAUUAGGGUGUAAAAGAAAAAGUGAUUGCACAAUGGGAACUGAAAUAGGACUGCCUAUUACUACACUGUACAAAAGUAAAACAAGAAAACUUGUGCACUUUGUAGGAUAACCUUUCUUUUAUCCUAGGUAGAAAAUGUAUUGCUGUUUGAAACAAUCAUGAAUGUCUUUAAGUUCCUCUUUGUAGAUUUUUGGAAGAAAAUUAAACAAAUACAUUCACUGGCCUAAUUCUUAAUUUUUUCAAAGCAUGUUUAUUCUGCUUGAAGCAUCGACUUUUGGGCCUUUCAUAUUGUGAGCAUGUUUAACACGAUGAGCAUCAACUUGCUGUGAUUCCUUCUUUCUCUGCUCCAUAAUGGAAUUUUAAAAAGAUCCAAAAUGUCAUGAAAUAAUAAAAGUUGUUAUUAAAACGCA